CCCAGCGACACGCUUUUCUCAGCAUCGCGUUCGUUCAAAAUACCGAAUUAAGUACGAAUCCGAGCAGUCGCCGGACAAAAAUCAUGAACGACAGCAGGACAACACUAAGAGUUGUGCAUAGUUUUAAGAAACAAAGGUCCACCAAGAACUACUUCACGAAAAAUAAAGCAUAAGCAACAGAUAAAUAAACCACGUCAUGUCCCUCUCCCCCAGCACGACCGCCUCCUCAAAACAAGCCGGCGCGGCUUUGAUGCGACGUGCGAGUAGUAGCUCCAGCACGACCUCCGCAUCGAAUGCAAACGCUGCUUCCUCCGUCCGGCUACUCCUUGUCCGUCACGGUGAGUCCGAGUUUAACGCAGCCAUCCGGUCUCCCUCCUGGUGGCUCUCGCCGCGUUUUUACGCGAAUGGGUUUGACCCGGGGAUCCGCGACCCGCAGCUGACGCCGAAGGGAUAUGGCGUUCGCAACUGUUACAUUCUCAACUGUUACAUGGAUUCGCGAUGCAAGAAUGGGAAACGUGAAAGGGGUGGCAUUGCGCGUCUUGCAUGACAGAUUUGGUACAGAUUAUCAGCCUGCUUGGCCUUUCCAGAAUUUGUCAUGCAGAACAGCUUGAUCGUGUAGAUGAUAAUGGUAGUUUUGCAUGACAAAUCAUGUAACAGUUGAGAAUGUAACAGUUGGGAACGCCAUAAGGGACGAAGGCAGAGUGUGACGAACCAGGAGAAACUGCAACAGGCGAUACGGGAUGAGUUGCGGAGGUCGCUGACGUUCGACGAGGGAGAGCAGGAAGAUCAUGCAGUUGGGGCUGCUGGGAACGCGAAACAACAUAAUUCUAGCGAGGAAAUAAACAAAGCAGUGAAGCAUGACAGGGCAGAAGAGGACGAAGAAGCAGCACAGCAGCUGCUCCCCGGUGCAGUGGAGGAAGUGGUGGACGCAUCGGCGAUAGCAAAAAAUCCGAAUGCAGCUGUACAACGAGGAAACAGUACCAGCAGCUCUACGGGCGCCGCGAGCAGUCGAGCGCCAUCAACCUCGUCGAUGCAGCUAGCAAUCUUCACCUCUCCCUUCCAGCGCGCAAUACAAACGUCACUGCUUAUGCUCGGAAGAGCGGAUUUAGACGCGAGUAAAUCACCGAAAACGCGCAGUGGUGCAGCUUCCAGCAAUACAAUAAACGCCGGCAGUGCAGAGGCAGAACAGCAUGACAAACAGCGGAAAAAAACUUCCUACAUCGGCGGUUUUUUCCGCGCUCUGCUUCCCAGGACCUCGACGUAUCCUGUGCAAAAAGGUCUCCACCCCAGAGUUGUCAUGCAAAUGCGCAAUGAUAGGAACAUUUGUAUUGCGCAGCUCCAUGAGCGGCAUAAUUUUCAGUGGUGUUUUGGCAUUUGUAAUGCUGUAAACAGGAUGAGAGAGCGGCUUUCUCAUGCGGGGUUCCUUGCUAGCCAAAACUACACUGCAGAUGGAAAGUUGUCACGCAGAACUCCCAAAACUUGGGGAUUUGUGUUGCAGACUUCCCAUCUUGACUAUGGUACGGGGGCGUUUCUGGAUAGGAUACGACGAAAAGUAAGAUCAUGCCGAUCGGGAAAGUGGACUCGAACACUAAUUCGAUAGUAUCAACACAUGCAAAUAUAUCUGGGUCCGAAAGAAUGCAAGUUUGUCAUGCUGAGUCUGGACUAUGCAAAAAUCUGUGUUGCAUGAUUACCAAAAGUAGUUGCCCAAUCAAUCUUGACCAAGUUGGGAGGGAGUUUCUCAUGCAGGAUAAGCGUGAUAGAGAUCUCACAGAAUCUGUCACGCUAGUAACUCCUGCAUUCCAGACCUCAGGGGUCAUGGCAAAUCAGCAUGACCAAUCUCGCAUUCUUCCAGACGCAGACAUAUUUGCAAUGCAUAGAUAGCUGCGCAUGACCAUGACCACGAGAGAACACUGACAAACAGCACCAUGACCGGCCAAAACACCAUCGUAGCCCUAGCAGCUCUCCGCGAACGGUGUAAGCACAUCAGCGAUUUAGGGACACCGUUGGAGGAGUUAAAGCAGAUCUAUCCGGGCGUGAACUUUGACAGCAACGAGGGUUGUAGUACUUCUGCAUCAACAAAAAAUAUCACGACGUCGAAAAACGAUACCACAGUUGUCGACCAAAAAUCGUCAAGAACAGCAACAGACAACUCCUGGUGGCUCCCGAAAAGCAAAGUUGGUCUAGUGGACGCUAUAUGCAUUGCAAAAGGAUCGUACAACUCGUAGUAUUGCUAUACAAAUUAGGUCAGCGAAUUUGUCAUGCUGAUUUGCUUGAAAAAGAAAUUUGUCUUGCAUGACUGCGAUUAGUACGAGUACGAUGCUUUUGCAUAGGAUACGCGAGUAAGUGGGAACCCAGCUUGCUACGAGGGACCAUCGAAAAGAAGGAGGAGGUAUAUAAUACUGUAGUUUCAUUCCAUGUUUUUGUCAUGCGGUAAAUGCAACUUUGGAAACAGGCUUUCGCUUUGUCAUGCACGACAAGAACGACUGUAGUUGAAGACUGAUUGCCGAUAAUCGUUGGAAAUCAUGGCAGUCGUAAAUACAACUAGGUCCGCGCCCGCAUAGACGAAGUGAAGCGGUUUUUCCUACAGCAACAAAACGCAAAUUUGAUCAUCGUCUUAUGCACUGCAUACAUGUCUGGGUCUGGAAGAAUGCAGCUUGUGAUGCUAAAUAAGGACUAUGCAAAAAUUUGUGUUGCAUGAUGACCAAAAGCUGUCCACUUUUGACCAAGGUGGGAGUGAGUUUCUUAUGCAGGAUAGGGAUGAUACAGAUCUCACAGAAUCUUUCAUGCUGAAUCCUGCAUUGCAGGCCUUGUGUGUCAUGUUGAACCUGCAUGAGAAGUCUUGUACUUACUCCUCCAGGAGACCCAGAAAUAUUUGCAUCUGAUACGUCUUCGGCCACUCCAACUACUUCCGGGCCUUCAUGCCGAACAGCCGAAAGUUGGCGAACGCCGAGAUUUAUCCUGUGCAAAAGUAUCGUACUCGUAUAAAUGCUAAUGCAAGUCUUGCAUUACAAACCUUGUUCUCAAGCCAGAUUAGCAUUACAAAUUUUAUUUCUCAUACUGAGGAAAUUUGUAAUGCAUUUAUACGAGUGCGAUACUUGUUUUGCAGUGCAUAAGAUUGCGAGCUGCACGCUCCACAAGGACGGGGAGGUGUCGGACGUGAAGUUUUUGUGAUAAUUAGUAGAGUUCCGGUUGUGUUUCACGUGAACACAGCAGAUGAAGUAGGGACAGUACUACAAAAUAAUAUCGCAGCUAGUUGUCGUGAUUGCAUUCGAAUGAACUCGUCAGCGUUUUGUACCAUAAUUUUUUGAGGAGCAUUGGCACGUUUGGUGCCGUUGCUCUGGCUUUUCUUGAUACAUGUAUCUACGACCUACUGUGCUUGUACCAUAUUUUUGUCAACGCCCAAAUUUUCCGCACGAAGACACUAUGUACGAUACAGCUUGUCACAUGCUAAAAACGAUGAAAUAGAAACAAAGCCCUCACAUAGCUUUACAACAGUAGAAACGAAAGCUUGUUUUUCUGAAGAUCAUCGGCAUGAGGAAUGAAGAAAACUACAAGGGUUGUUCGUGGAGCAAUUUACUUUCAACGAGAACCACGAAAGGGCGG